CUAUGUCAGAAGCCAACCUGACAAUAUUUCAUCUCUCACACUUCAGUCUUGAAGGAUUUUUAUGGCUACAUGACUGGCAAUCAAAGUCUAUAUUAUUUGCUGUUUUCAUUGUAAUAUAUGUAGUUUCUCUGACUGAAAAUGCAAUGUUUCUUCUUCUUAUUUACUUGGAUGAGAGACUUCAUUCACCAAUGUACUUGUUUGUUUGCAACCUUGCCAUGUUAGAUAUCAGCAUCCCAACAGUGACUGUCCCUAAGAUAUUACAUAACUUGUUGACAGAUGACACAACCAUUGAAUUUGUUUCUUGUGUCGCACAAAUGGGCUUCUUCAUAUAUCUGUAUGUAACUGAAUGUUUGGUUUUGGCAGUCAUGGCCUAUGACCGCUAUAAAGCCAUUUGCAGCCCAUUGUAUUAUCCUGUCAUAAUGACCAUGAAGUAUACAACACAACUUUCCUUUUUCUGCUGGGUACCAGGACUCCUGAUAGCACUUUUUCACAUUUAUAUUGUCCUGAGUGUUCCAUUUUGUGGGCCAAAUACAAUAUAUGCAUAUUUUUGUGAGUAUGUAUCAUUAAUGAUGCUGGCAUGUGCUGAUGUUUAUUCAUAUUCCUUUGUCCCCUUAAUACUGGCCCUAGCUUUCAUGUCUCUUAUUUUAUGUUUCAUUAUUAUCACUUAUAUUAAAAUCCUGAUGUCUGUCAUUAAUGUAAAGUCCAGCAUGGGGUACAAGAAAGCUUUUUCCACUUGCGCUAGUCAUCUUCUUAUAAUUGUCCUAUUUAUUUUUGUCCAAGCAAGUGUGCUUAUUUCUCGUUAUGUGAGUGACACAUCAGUGAGCAUUCAGGUAUUAUCAGGAGUCAUGCAGAACAUUCUUCCUCCAUUGGUAAAUCCUAUUAUUUAUUGUCUGAAAACAAAAGAAAUUAGAGACAGCUUCCUCAGAAUUUUGAACAAGAUUUUGAAUGUAUGA